GGUGAGAUCGGACUUGACACACUCUCACCGCCAGAUGUCCAACAAACAGUAUUCACCCAGCAACUAUGGAUAGCCAUAGAUUGUCAUAUUCCAAUAAGGGUGCAUACACGAGAAGCAGAGGAGGAAACAGAGUGUGUUAUGAAGGAAAUUGUGCCCAAGGAU